AGUACCUAAUCUACCGCGCCUCGCGACACAUAGGCUAAACGUCGACAGCCAGCGAUCAAGAAACUCGCCCAUGCCACUUCGACAGGCGUCACAAGCGUCUCAUGAGGUGGGUUACAUAUUGUUCCCAGGGCUGAAUAUACCCCAGUCAGGAAUGCAAAGUAAACGGCCCGCCACCUUGGGUCGCCGAAGCGGCACCACUCUUCUUGGCCCCAGCACGCUACUUCCUGCAAACGUUCGGCACCAGUCUUCGUGCGCAAAUGACAGUACCGUAAACCCACAAUCGCUUCAGCGUCUCCAGGAUCUGCCCGUCUGCGAAAGGAGGCUGAUUAUUUGCGAUUGGCUGUGUUUUCGCACCCUGUCGUCCCACUCCUUACUUGCCUUUUCCCACGUUCACGCCUCUAGCAACACACUCCGCACGUGUCAUUAUGGCAAACGCUGUAAAAUUACUACCCUGAAUGUAGGUCGCAUCUCGCAACUUGAUACUACUGGACCGUUUUGGGCACCCGUUGGUCGCACUGUUGGCCUUUCCUUUAGUCAGGCUAUUCAUAUAGCCACUACAUGUCUCCCAUGUCCCUACAUCAUUCACCCGACCACGUACCCUUUCCACAUCCAGUAUCGACUCCCUGGUAGCUGGGUUUGUGGAUCCACGCCGUGGCUGUCAAUCCUCCUAGUGUGUCUCCGCUGACGGCCCACCGUCUUUUACACCCUUCUAAAUUCCUUCUACGCUUCCAUCGCAGAGACCCUUCUUGUUUCUCUUCAACUUCUCAUGCUCGUUCGUUGACCACCGGUAUUAACCAUGGGCUUCAAUCCAGACUCCAAAGAAUUGGGACCGAGUGAGCCACGAGCGCUCCAGCCUACCAUCUCCAGUCAAUCGAAAGCAGCAGAAGCAGCAGGACACAAUCAGAACCGAAGCAUCAUGGCAACAAUCGCAGACGACGACGACCGCCUACUCGUGCGCAUUGGGUAUACUCCUGUAAGCGUUCCAAGUCUUUCACUCGACCAUCUUCCAACAGUCUUCGCAGGUUCUACAAAGACAUUUCUC